AUGUCUCCAACAAAAUCCAGGAAUAAAUCCAAAAAACUCGCCGGGAAUUCUGCCAGACCACCGCAAAACAAUGUGGCAACCAACCCGAAGAAAAGCGGCUGCUCCGACCCGACUCCCGGAUUGGAGAUUCUCUCAUCGUCGCCGGAUUCUUCCUCCUCGCCCGACCAUGAAAAUUCGGGCAGCCCAAUCGGGGCACUGCUGCUGGGCUCCGAACCCGAUUCGGUUUCCAACAACGGCAGCUGCUACUCCGGCGAGGAAGACCCAAAAGAAGUAACCAAAACGACCGCGACCCGGCUGCCGGACAACCUCCACGUCACCGUCUCCGGUCUGGACAGCGACCGGCGGGAAAAAAUCCGGCUGAAGAACGAGAAGAAGCACGCCAGACAGAGGGAGCGGCGAGCACAAGAGCUCCACGAACGCUGCUGUGGGUUCCUGAUGUCGAGGAAGCUCGAAUCCCUCUCGCAGCAGAUCGUGGCGAUGGGAUUCUCCAAAGAUCGUGCCACAAUGGCGCUCAUGAUGAACGACGGGAAGGUAGAGGAGUCCGUGAAUUGGCUUUUCGAAGGCAACGGCGAUGAUAACGGCGAUCAAGGCGAUAAGGACGACGGAGAAAGUAGUAUCCCCGAAAAGAGGAAUUUAGGGUUGAAGAUUGAAAUCAGCGACGAGCUUGCUGAGAUUGCAGCUCUGGAGGUUCGAUUCAAAUGUUCUAAACAAGAAAUUGAAAGGGCAGUUGUGAAUUGUGAAGGGGAUCUCGCGAAAGCAACAGAGGUUCUGGCUUCCCAGAAACCAGAGCAGCCGACUCCUCCUCCUCCGCCGCCGCUGCCACCACAAGCGAAUUUCGAAAACUUUCAGAAUCAGAGGUGGGGGAAUCAUGGCUAUGGAUACAACAACCCAUCACUAUUUCAAUCACCAAAAUUUCAGCAACAGCAUUCACAGUUCAUGAAUUCCAAUCAAUACCCAGUUCAGAACUCAAACACUUAUUCUUCAACGGCGAGAUGGUAUUCCAGUAAUGUUCCUUUCCAAAACCAUAAUCACCAUCACCUCCACCACCGUCCAUCGUCGUACAAAGAAACCCCAUUUCUGUUCAGCGGCCCAAACCCAAUGGAAGCUUCGGCAGGAACUAGAAUGGGUGGUGGUAGUAGUAGAUCAUCAGAGUAUCAGAGUUUUCCAUCUUCCAGUAAUUUGCCAUCACUAGCAGCUCCAUCUUCGCUUGGACUGUUUGAUAGCUGGGGAUCACCAACUUCACAGGUUGAUUGGAACAGUGGAGGUUUGAUGCCUAAUUUCGAUUAUACGAGCAUAGAUUGGAGUCUGGAUUCAAGCUUGCUGCCUUCCAAGUCAAGGAGAAUGUGGCUGGGGCUCUCCUCGUUGUUGAUCAGCAAUGGUUCUUCGGCCAGCGGGAAUGGAGGUAUGGAAGCACCAUCUUCUGCGCCAGGAUUGCGUGAUUGGACCUCUCCUUUUGCACAGAAGGAUAUGUUCAGCUUGUCUAGACAAUUUGUUACCUCUCCUUCUCUUUAA